UGCGGGGUGGAGGAGCUGGCCAUGCAGCAUUACGAGCAGGAGGAGAGAGGGCGGUGGAAGGGGAUACACUGUGAAGGCUCUCCCCUCCGCUUCCUCUUCUCCCUCCUGUUCUGGGACGUGAUCUUUUCCUCCGACGUCCCGGAUGCCUUCCUCACUCCCUUCCAGGACGCACCCAUCGACCUGGACUUCCAUCCGUUCUUCUACAAGAGGAGGGAAGCGUUGAUCCUUGCUCGCAUCGCAGACCUCGAGCUCUGGAGCGACCAGCAGCUGCUCCUGGAGCUGCGCGAACGCUGGCAGCAGAGCUUCGGGACGCUGUGCAGAGGAGCGAGCUGGGGCUCCUGCAGCCUCUCCUUCCUCCAGCUCGUCGCUCUGUGCCUGGGAGGGAGGAGAAUCAGCGCGAUAUGCCGCGCCCUCUGCAUCAACUACCGUCACUUCUCCGGGGGGAUGCCGGACCUUGUGCUGCUGCGGGGGAGGAGGCGGCAGCGAGGAGGAGAGGGAGGAGGAGGAGGAGGAGAGUGGGAGGAU